AUGUUAAGUUAUUCCUUGUAUUGUUCUGGCUUUAUAGGGUCAAAGGUUUGUCUCAGAAUGCUAAGGGGCACAGUAAAACUUUGGCAAUGUAUGAGCCGCAAUGGUACUGGCCAGAUACAGGUCCUGCGUAUGCUUACUACAGCUCCUAAUUUGGUUAAAGAGUCACUCCACUACUUGGAUGGUAAGAGAGUCGAUGCCACUAGUGAUGACACAAGCCAGAAGUUUGAUGUUCUCUACCCAGCAACUGGUGAGGUGCUAUGUCAAGUCCAGAGUGCUGGGAGAUCAGAUGUAGAUGCUGCAGUCAACAGUGCCAAGGAAGCCUACAAGGAAUGGUCUCAGAGAUCUAAUAUGGAGAGAGGCAAAGUACUCCUCAAAGCUGCUGAAAUAGUCAGAAGCAACUUAGAAGACCUGGCUAGGACUGAGGUGCUUGACACAGGAAAGCCUAUAUGGGAAGCCAGACUUGAUAUAGAUGGCUGUGCUGGUACAAUGGAGUAUUAUGGGGGAAUAGCACCCUCUUUGCAGGGAGAACAUAUUUUACUUCCCAAUGGUAACUUCGCAUAUACGCGAAGAGAACCUCUGGGUGUUGUUGGGGGUAUAGGAGCAUGGAACUACCCCUUUCAGAUGGCCAGCUGGAAGACAGCCCCUGCCCUAGUGGUUGGGAACACUAUGGUCUUCAAGCCAUCCCCUCUCACUCCUCUGACAGCUGUUAUGCUAGCUGAAAUGUACUCACAAGCUGGGCUCCCUGAUGGAUGCCUAAAUAUAAUACAGGGUAUGGCAGAGACAGGUGCAUUGCUAAGCAGCCAUCAACACAUAGAGAAGAUGACCUUCACUGGAAGUGUUCCUACAGGGUCAAAGGUCAUGGAAGCCUGUGCAAAGGACAUCAAGCAUGUUACACUCGAACUUGGAGGGAAGUCACCACUGAUUAUAUUUGAAGACUGUGAUCUAGAGAAUGCUGUUAAAGGGGCAAUGCUUGCCAACUUCAUGAAUCAAGGACAGGUGUGUUCUAAUGGUACUAGAGUAUUUGUACAGAGGUCCAUUUUGGAUGCUUUCUUGGAUAAACUCGUCACACGUGUGAAGAAAAUGCAAAUAGGCGACCCAUUAUUAGAAAAUACUACAGUCGGGUCUAUGAUCAGUAAAGAACAGUGUGAUAUAGCAUUGUCUUACAUAGAAAGUGCAAAAUAUGAGGGUGCAACUGUACUGUAUGGUGGUGAAAAAGUGAUUCCAAGUUCACAAUUUGCCAAGGGGAAUUUCCUACAACCAACCAUCCUUGUGAAUUGCCGUGACAAUAUGAAAGCUGUGCGUGAAGAGAUAUUUGGUUCCGUCAUGGCUGUAUUGACCUUUGACACUGAAGAAGAGGUGCUUCAGAGGGCCAAUGAUACACAAUUUGGCUUGGCUGGAGGAGUAUUUACAAAGGAUCUCCAGAAGGCUCAUAGAGUUGCAUCAAAGAUGGAAGCAGGGUCUCUAUACAUUAACAACUAUAAUGUUUACCCCCCAGAGAUUCCCUUUGGAGGAUAUAAGAAAUCAGGUCUAGGACGAGAAAAUGGUGCUGUGACAUUAAAUCAGUACACACAAGUGAAAUGUGUCUAUGUAGAAAUGAAUGAUGUAGACUCUGGACCAUUGUGAAAUAAGCCUGAGAUUGUGAAAUAAGCCUAAGAUGGUGAAUUGAAACUAGGAUCUUCACUUGAUUCUAAAAUUGAGAAUUUAAGCUUGGAACAGGCCUGUGUGGAUGUUUCCAGGGAUUUUGAAUGUGAACUUAGAUUUUAAAUCAAAUACACCUCAACCUGAAACGCACCUGGGAUUUUGCCAUAAACAUGAAAUUGUCAGAUAGACUUGGAAAGUUGGAGUUAGAAAUUAAAUUGGGAAAUACCUGGGGUUUCAUUGUGAGGCAUGCACUAAAUUGGUAUUAAAUUCAGCAGUCUCUCAAUAUAGAAUACAUAAGAUGGGAGCCAGAAUAUUGAACAAAUACACAUUCCAUGAACAAAUAUGUUGUGAACUUUUGUUUUUGACAAAAUAAAUGUUUUGUUUAUUAAA